AUCAACAAUAUGAUCACUCCAACAGCCGAUAUUCUUCAAAGAAGCUGUGGCUGUAUAAUCAACAGCUCAGGAGUCUUUCCCUUUGACGAGUGGGUUGUGAAUGGUGAGGACUUCCUGACCUUUGACCCCGAGACUCUUAAAUGGACGGCUCUGUCCUACCUGGCCGUGCCUGUGGCUGAGGAGUGGAACCGCGACAUCUUCAGGAAUCAGAUGUACGGCGAGUUUGGGCAGACGGAGAGCGUGAAGACUCACCACAUGCUGAUGCAGAGGAGGGCGGCGUGGCUGCGCCAAAGACAGAGAAAGGAUAUGAGGGUCCGUGUACAUGCCACAUCCAUCACAGGAAGUAGGUGCACAGCUUUACUGUGUCAGGUGACAGAUACGGACCUAUCAGGACUCAGGAUCCACCUCACAGAGGAUGGCCGGCCAAUAGAGCGUGGGCUACAGCUGACCGGCCCACUUCCUGACGGAAAUGGAACAUUUCAAAUGCAACUGCAGGUGGAAGCCAUUGUGAACAGGACCAAACAAUAUCAAUGUGAAAUCAAAAGUGACGCUGUUAACAUAUCCGUCCCAUGGGAUGGACGUCUCCUCAAGGAGCAGGCUUCGAUCGCACCUGUUGUACUCAGUAUUGUUUGUGGGAGUUGCUUUCUUCUCUUGAUUAUUAGUCUGUGCUGCAUUCAGCUCUAUUGGAAGGGUAAUGCAGGCUACAAGAGAGUCACGUUAACUGAUGCCAGCCAUUCAACAACGCCACCCGAUGACUCGAGCUUGAGUUGUUAAGUCUGCUGCAAGCAUGCCACCCAAAAGACCAUGUGAAACCAUACGAGUGGACAACAUGAAGAAAGGACUAGGACUCCCUACCACUGAGAUGGAUGAUGUGCGCACGAGAAGUCCCACUAACUUCAGAGUUGUUCGGACUGUAUUACUGGAUAACACAGCAGCCUGGCAUGCUGUCUCUAACUAUUAGGUCAAUAAUCUGGAGGCACAAGCAAGGGUGUACACAUGGACUGCUGUUUAGGGGCUGUCAACAGUGAAGAGGUCCAUCACACAGUGGAUAGAAUACUGUGAGCACUGACCACACAAUGCACUGAUCUGAGAGUUCUUUUUAAGAGACGUAAGCUCUCUGCUGCCCCUCUGUGGCUGUCAAUGGUACUGCAGUGGCCCAGUUGCUUUGGCUGAAUAGGUCCAUUCAAUGUGUAAAUUAUCACCGAUAUUCUAUUUGAAAAGUCAUUGAACUUCAAAUUCACAGCGAACCUACAUUUUGUCAAAACUGUUCAUGGAAAUUGGUUUUCAGGCAGCUGAUUGCAUUUGACUUUUGUUGAGAUUUCACAGGACACAAGGUACUGUAGGCCUACAAGUGAUUUGUAAACCGACUGCAGCUUACAGACGUAAGCUGUCCUUCAAUUCA